UAAUAUCUCUGCUGAUUGGAAUAACUCAACUGCUAUAGCUCCAAAUGGCGAAAAAAUUAUAGUCUUUGCAAUUGAUGUUUGGGAAGUCAAUUCAUAUGGCCAAUAUGAUCGAGUGGGUUCUAGCUGGCCAAACACUGUAGCUGCUACUACUAAUGGCAGCUUCAUUUACGCUAUUCGUCCUGACGGUUUCAUCUACAAGCUUAAAACUUCAGAUUACUCCGUUUCCAAGUGGACUGACGCUGGUGGUGGAUGGCAAAACGCAAAAGCAAUUUUUUCUUACAAUGAUCAUAUUUACGUAGUCAUUGACGCUAUCUGGGAAAUUCGUCUUGAUGGCAUUUUUAGAAAAGUCCAAAGUGAAAGCUGGCGUAAUAUGCGAUCUAUCACUGUAAUAGGUGAUUAUGCAUAUUCGGUCCAUGAUAGUGGUAACAUUUUUAAACUUGAUUUGAGAAAUUGGACCUACAGAAUUCUCAGCAGUGGAUGGAAAAAUACGUUCCUAUUGCUUGCAUUGGAUAAUAAAUUAUUUGCCUACGAUAUAUCUCUUACAAUAAUUGAUACAGAUACUG